CAUCCUUCAAUGGAGCAGAUGUGGAACUCCUCCCACCCACCUCCACAGCUCAUGUCCAACAUUUCUGCCUCCUCUCUGCCCGAGGGCUGGGCUCUGUCUCAGACCCUAGCCCUGCUGGCCAUGCUGCUCAUGGAUCUGCUGGCUGUGGUGGGUAACGUAGCCGUCAUGGCGGUGAUUGCCAAGGCCCCACAACUCCACAAGUUUGCCUUUGUCUUCCACCUGUGCGUGGUGGACCUGCUGGCAGCCUUGGUGCUGAUGCCCCUUGGCAUGCUCUCGAGCCGAGCCUUCUUCGGGGAAGCCUUGUGUCGGAGCUACCUCUUUCUCAGUGUGUGCCUGGUCAGUGCUGCCAUUCUCUCUAUAUCCGUCAUCAAUGUGGAGCGUUACUACUACAUCAUACACCCAAUGCGUUAUGAAGUAAAGAUGACUAUUGGCCUGGUAGCGUCAGUGCUCGUGGGGAUUUGGGUCAAGGCCCUGGCCAUGUCAGCUCUGCCACUCCUCGCUUGGUUCCUGCAAGGAGGAAGAACUCCUCUUCUGGAGAGUAGUGGGGCUGGGGGAGUAGGUGGUGGGGCAGUCACACCUCCCCCUGCUCAGGGUCACAGGCGCUGCUCGCUGCAUUGGACAGGGGGAGCAUCAAACCGCAUGGCUUUCAUGGUCCUAUUCACCCUGGUCUACUUCCUGUGUCCUCUGUUACUCAUCCUGGUUGUGUACUGCAAUAUGUUCAAAGUGGCUCGGGUAGCAGCCAUGCACCACGGGCCUUUGCCUACCUGGAUGGACACACCUCGGCGCCAGAGGUCGGAAUCACUUAGCAGUCGUUCUACAAUGGUUACCAGCUCUGGGACAGGCACUGGGACAGGAAGAGCAACCCCACAGCGACCCUUUGGGGGAGGAAAGGCUGCAGCAGUGCUGGCAGCAGUAGGUGGGCAAUUCCUUUGCUGCUGGUUGCCCUACUUUACUUUCCACCUGUAUUCAGCUCUGGCUGCCAGCCCUCCAGCCACACUAGCCUCUCUGGAGGAGGUGGUCACCUGGAUUGGCUACUUUUGCUUCACCUCCAAUCCAUUCUUUUAUGGCUGUCUCAACAGGCAGAUAAGGGAGGAGUUAGGCAAGCAUCUUCCAUGUCUAUUUCGUCGAGCAGGAGCUGAGAUGGAGGAUAGACUGCCCAGCCGGGAAGGAUCCAUAGAGGAGAAUUUCCUUCAGUUUCUUCAGGGCACAGGCUGCAACAUGGAUCCCCAAAACUCUCACAGCACCUCCAGUCCUAAAGGUGAGGCUGGCUGCCCAGUGUCUCAGCCCCAACCACUGGAGCCAGCUCAGCCCAUACCCAUUGAUUUCCGAAUCCCUGGACAAAUUGCAGAGGAGACUUCAGAGUUUACUGAGAAUGAACAGGCAAAAAACAACCAUAUAUGUACAGACAAUUAA